UGACCAGGCUCCACCCACGAAUUCUGUUUUCUUUUAGAGGUCACUGGAGAGCCCGGUGGGGUGUAAGUACACUGUGCUUAUAAAACUCUAGCAGGAAGCUAGCAGCCGUCUCCAAACCCAGAGAAGGGGAAACAGGAAUCGAUUAGGAAUAAAGGAUUAUAAUCAACUUUCCUUCUGAGGAAACGCUGGGAACCUUCUCAUUUUGCUUCAUGAAAACUAAGCUGAAUCGACUGCUGCCAAACAUCUAUUAAUUAGGCAAAAUAGGCCUCUUGCCCGUGCUUUGACUUUCCAGCACAGCCCGUUCUUUUUCUCCUCUGCAGCUGAUUGGCUCUAGAGUGUGGCCAGAAGCCUCUGCCCCGCAAUUAAAGGAGUCAGGUCUCUAACUGUUGAUCUGUUUGGUUUUUUUUUUUCCCUCCUUCUGAGCAAUGGAGCUUACCAUCUUUAUCCUGAGACUGGCCAUCUACAUCCUGGCAUUUCCCAUAUACCUGCUGAAUUUUCUGGGCUUGUGGAGCCCGAUAUGCAAAAAAUGCUUCCCCUACUUCUUGGCGAGGUUCACUGUGAUGUACAACGAACAGAUGGCAAGCAAGAAGCGGGAGCUCUUCGGCAACCUGCAGGAGUUUGCGAGCCCCUCCGGGAAGCUCUCCCUGCUGGAGGUGGGCUGUGGCACGGGGGCCAACUUCAGGUUCUACCCACCUGGGUGCAGGGUGACCUGUAUUGACCCCAACCCCAACUUUGAGAAGUUUUUGAUCAAGAGCAUUACAGAGAACCGACACCUGCAGUUUGAGCGUUUUGUGAUAGCUGCCGGGGAGAACAUGCACCAGGUGGCCGAUGGCUCUGUGGACGUGGUGGUCUGCACCCUGGUGCUGUGCUCUGUGAAGAACCAGGAGCAGAUUAUCCGCGAGGUGUGCAGAGUGCUGAGACCGGGAGGGGCUUUUUAUUUCAUGGAGCAUGUGGCAGCUGAGCGUUCGACUUGGAAUUCCUUCUGGCAACAAGUCCUGGAUCCUUUCUGGCCCCUUCUGUUCGACGGGUGCAGCCUGACCAGAGAGAGCUGGAAGAUCCUGGAGCGAGCCGGCUUCUCUAAACUGAAGCUGCAGCACAUCCAGGCCCCACUGUCCUGGGAGUUGGUGCGCCCUCAUAUCUAUGGAUAUGCUGUGAAAUAGUGUGAGCUGGCAGCUAAGAGCUGAAUGGCUCAAAGAAUUUAAAGCUUCAGUUUUACAUUUAAAAUGCUAAGUGGGAGAAGCGAAACUGGGUUUUUUUUGGCGGGGAGACGGUUUU